AUUAUUACAAAUACAAUACAAGCAUACACAAAUAUACACACAAUUUCAUACGCUCAUUAACAUAAUGAGGAGGUCUUUAGCCCUUGGAGGCCUUGAGCCAGUGGACCCAAACAGUCCAAAGAUCCAAGAGGUUUCUGCUUGGGCUGUUAAUCAGUAUAACAAGGAACAAGGGGAAAGCCUGAAGUUUGUAAGGGCUUUGGAUGCAAAAAAACAGCUGGUUAAUGGUAUGAACUACUAUAUUGUUCUGGAGGCGACGUCUGACGGACUUCCAUCCCCCGACCCUUACCUGAGGAACAACUUUUCUGUGAAAGUGUAUGAACAAGCUAGUACAGAUACCUUGGAGCUUCUUGAGUUUAAGCCUCUGUUGCAAGAGAAUGCACGUAUUGCGAUUCCCAACUAAUUAAUUAUCAUCUUCAACGACACCAACUCCAUCUCUGAUGGAAUGAAUACGUACUUAAGCACCACUUACAAGUCUUGCUUAGCAUGACUUGAUUUUAUGUACUGUUAUUAUUAACUAAAUAAAACUUUUGUCGUUGUGUACCA